AUGGGAUAUAUACUGUACGCUGUCUUAUUGUGCAUUAAUUUAUUUGAUAAAAUAGCAUCUGAAGACGUCCCGAUGUUGGAAAAGAUUGACGAGAAGGCUAGCGGCCAUAUUGAAAAACGCUCCGUUCUGGACGAAGACCUAAACGAUAAUAAUUACAAACCGGGAUACGAGAAUGCGUUUUUGGGACCGCACAGGAUUCGAGUGUUGCCAGCCUAUCUUCAUUAA